AUGAAUAAAAUUCCAAACUAUAUUUUUAAUUAUAUUUUAGAAACUAUAUUAAAAUAUAAAUAUUAUAGCGCCAAAAAUUUAAAAAAUUUAAAUUCAAAAGAUUACCACAAUGGAAGAAAUUUAGAAACUAUUAAUUACUCUCUAGUAUCUAAAAAAUGGGGUGAAAUAAUUUCAAGUUUACUUAAUAAAUAUUUUUCAUUAAAAAAUAAUGAAGUGCUAUCUUAUUUUUUACUUAAUAGUAACUAUAACAAAAAUUGUUAUAUUGUUAAUAAUUGUACUACUGCAACAACUAAAAAUAAUUGUAAUAAUAAUUUUAAAUUAAUUAAAGAAUAUCCAUUAACUAUUUUUAACUCGAUAGAAAAAUAUAAACACUUUUUAAUUAACUCAAGUAAUAUUCAAUGUAAAAGAGUAGUUAAUUUAAACGAAUUCGAAAUAGAUGAUUUAAAAGACUUUUUAAAAGAAAACAAUACCAAUUAUAUUAAUAAUGUAGAAUUUAAUAUAAGAAUAUCCAUCGAUGAAUUUAAAGGAGAAAAAUUAAAAUUUGUAAAAGAAUUCAAUUGCGAUAUAAAUAUUGAAUUAAAUGGUGCUCUUUAUGAUCAAGUUUUCAAUAAUGGUAUUUUAAUAACCAAACCAGCUUUAAAGAAAUAUUUAAAACUAAAGCCAAAGAAGAUUCAUUUAAAACCAAAUGACAAGUAUUGCCAAGAUUCGUAUAUCCAUAUGAACUAUACACCUCUAUUUGAAAAUAACAGUACCGUAGAAGAGAUACAUGUUUCAUAUACCGACCACGUUGAUCCAUGUUCCAUCGCAAAAAUAAACAAUAAAGUGACCAAAUUAAAAAAGUUAUCUUGUUCAUUUUUAUUUCACGAUAUUUUGAAAGGUUUAAAUAAACAGAAUCAAGAUUCAAGUAAUGUUACAAAUAGUAAUAGUAAUAUCGAGUGUUUAAAGAAUGAAUGUGAUUGUGACUAUGGUGGCUUAAGAAUCGAAAAUUCAAUUCAACAUGAUUGGGAAGCAAUGAUAUACACUUUAAAAACAAACAGCACCAUUAAAGACCUUUCAUUAAAGAAUUUUUGUCAUAAAAACAAUUGCUAUGAAAAUUUAGAUACCUCCAAGCUUACAAAGGGACUAAAAGAAGUAUUUACAAGCCCUUUAUCAAGUAUCGAAACAUUAGAACUACAAACUAUAGAUUUCAUGGAUUCAGUUUUAUUAUCAGCAUUACAAGAAAAUCAAACCAUUAAAAAUUUAAUAUUAAUGAAUAUUAAUGAAGCUUUAAUCUUCAAAAAAGUGUUACCAGUCAAUAGAAUAAUAAGAAAUGUAUAUUUAAACUGUAUCAACUCAAUGGAUGACCUCUUAUCAUUAUUACUUAAUAGCCAAGAAUUAAAUCUGUAUUCAAUUUCAGUUAAAUUUAAACGUUUCGAAGAUAAUGAUAUUAUAAAAUUUAAAACAAAUUAUAAAAACUACAAUAAUAAUAUUAAAGAAUUUAAUUUCUAUAGUUCCAAUAAUAGAAAAUUUAAAACAAUAUUGUAUAAUAGUUAA